AUGUUCACGUGGUCGCUUCAUCAGUCGAUGGAUCCCGGUCAUGAUGACUUGCUGGAAGAGAAGGCAAGGUGGGCCACAGAAGUAGGAAAUGGUGGAGAAUACCCUACAAGACGUGUCCAACGAGAUGGGGUCACAACCAACCGCACCGCGCGUUUCCUUGACGACCAACUGCAUGUUGUAACCAGCAUCGCUUCAUCGAGCACAAGCCUCUCCAGCUCAAUUCUCGAUUUUCGACUAGAGAACGGUAGAACGUAUCACAGAUACAAAGACGGCAAAUAUCACAUUCCGAAUGACGAAUCUGAGGCAGACAGAUUGGACUUACAGCACAACAUAUUUCUUCUGACCCAAGACAACAAGUUGGGGCUUGCUCCGCCAAAUGAUCCCAAAUCAAAGGUCGAGAGGGUCCUCGAUGUAGGCACAGGCACUGGAAUAUGGGCAGUAGAUUUCGGAGAUGAGCAUCCUGGGGCCGAGGUUCUUGGAAUGGACCUUUCCCCAUCGAUGCCUGAAUUCGUCCCCCCAAAUGUCAAGUUCGAGGUAGACGACCUUGAGGAACCCUGGACAUAUUCGCAGCCAUUCGACUAUAUCCAUAGUCGUGCGAUGAACUCAUCCGUCAGCGACUGGAAGGCUUAUAUGAAGAAAUGUUUUGAUAAUCUGACACCUGGUGGGUACUUCGAGAUGCAGGAGUUUGAUCUUUAUCUCAAGUCAGACGACGGUACUCUGAAGCCAGAUCAUGCCGUUUCCAAGUGCAUCGACUUGAUGUAUGAUGCGUCUGUUAAAUUCGGACGUCCGUAUCAGGAUGUGGCACCUCUUGCAGAGGUCAUGAAGGAGGUCGGAUUCGUCGAUGUAACGAUGCAUGUAGACAAGUGGCCCACAAACCCAUGGGCUAGGCAACGCAAGUACAAGGAGCUCGGUAUAUGGAACAACGAAAACAUGACAUCCGGCGUUGAAGGGUUUACUAUGGCGGCUUUCACUAGGGCCCAUGAGUGGAAGAAGGAGGAAGUCCAGGUCUUCCUGAUUGACGUAAGGAAAGACUUGAAGGACAGGUCUAUUCAUGCGUACUGGCCAGUGUACUUCAUUUACGGUAGAAAGCCAGCAGAGAAAAUUGAAGGGGAGCAGCAAUAGUAAGGUCGCAGAUUAUCUGCUGAAUGGGAGCCGGGGAGCGACUGGGGGUGAGAGGGCUAUCAUACUUACCUUACUGGGAGCAUGUUGCUAAGCUAUCACAGUGCUCAAGAAUAAAAAAAGUUGUUGUGAGACCGCAUUUUCUUCGCUCGUCAAUUCAUUUUCUCAGUGCCCGCACUUCAGCGGUCCCACUGGUCACCGAACGAUGCUGAACUACUACCUGGCCAUAAUGCUCUCUUCUUCCAGGUGUUCGUCCAAGGACGAGCCGUGGCGGGAUGAAAGCUUGUGCUACAUUUUGGUACCAAGGUGCUCCCUUUCUUGAGAGAUAUGGGUUCUUGGGAAGUUUACAAGCCACCUUAGUUUGGCAGCAACGGUAAUCGUGA